AUGACGGCACUUCAAGGAUAUAUCUAUUAUAGAGUCUUGGCUACUUCGACUUAUGAAGAUAUUACACUCGAAUUUGUUAAAAACAAUUUAGGAUGUUAUUAUCUUAAGUACAUGCACACAUUUGUGACUUUCAAAGUUCCAAAUGUUAAUCAAGUCUUAGGUAUUCGAGACGGUUCAACGGUUACUCCAAAUUGCUUCAUAUUAUUUAGAAGAGAAGUACGGUUGUGUAUUUCGUCUAUCGGCUUGCGUAUCGGAAGAGCGGCCUUAUCGAGACAUAUGAGUAAUAUUUGGCAAGAAUUAAGGAUAAACGAGCCGGAUUUGGUGGAUUCAUUUAGGGAUGUCGCUAACAAUGCGGCAAGAAUUUUCAAUGAUCAAAGAUUACGUAUUCGGAUUAUUGACGGUUCUCAUCUUUAA